CGUGGGGACAUGUGACCGACUGCAGAGGCCGCGCCGCCUCUCCUGGCGGAGGUCUGCGCGCUCAGCCGCAGAGUGCGGACCCCGGGAGCCCUCCUCGGUUUGGGGCACAAGAGCAGAGGCGGAGCCAGGGUGGAGCUAGCGCUUCCCUGCAAUCGAAAGCGAAAGAGGGGGCCGGGAAGGAAGGGAGGAGCCGGCCCGGAGCCCCGCCCCCUGCCCUGCGCGCGGCUGGACCGCGGGGCGCGCCCAGGUAGGGGGACUCCGAGCGCGCAGUGCGGACCCUCGCGGGGACCUGCGUGACUGCCACCAUGUCUCAAGAAGGUGUGGAGCUGGAGAAGAGCGUCCGGCGCCUCCGGGAGAAGUUUUAUGGGAAGGUCUCCAACAGGAAGGCGGGGACUCUGAUGAGGAAAUUUGACAGCGACCACACCGGAGUGGGCCGCUCCAUCGUGUACGGGGUAAAGCAGAAAGAUGGACAGGAACUGAGUAAUGACCUGGAUGCCCAGGAUCCACCAGAGGACAUGAAGCAGGACCAGGAUAUCCAGGCAGUAGCAACCUCCCUCCUGCCUCUGACAGAAGCCAACCUACGCAUGUUCCAACGUGCCCAGGAAGACCUCAUCCCUGCUGUGGACCGGCAGUUUGCCUGCUCCUCCUGUGACCAUGUCUGGUGGCGCCGUGUACCCCAGCGGAAGGAGGUGUCCCGAUGCAGGAAAUGUCGGAAGCGCUAUGAGCCUGUGCCAUGUGACAAGAUGUGGGGCGUGGCUGAAUUCCACUGCCCAAAGUGCCGACACAACUUCCGGGGCUGGGCACAGAUGGGGUCCUCAUCCCCUUGCUACGGCUGCGGCUUUCCCGUGUAUCCGACACGGAUCCUCCCUCCGCGCCGGGACCGGGACAUAGACCACCGCAGCACCAACACGCACUCCUGCUCAGCUGCCGACUGCUACAACCGGCGAGAACCCCACGUGCCUGGGACGUCCUGCGCACACCCGAAGAGCCGGAAGCAGAACCACCUGCCAAAAGUCCUACACCCCAGCAACCCCCACAUCAGCAGCGGCUCCACGGUGGCCACCUGCCUGAGCCAGGAGGGCCUGCUGGAAGACCUGGACAACCUCAUCCUGGACGACCUGAAGGAGGAGGAGGAGGAGGAGGAGGAAGAGGAGGGUGGUGGGCACAGGGAGUGACCCUGCCAGGUGGAGAUGCAAACCAGACAUGGU